AUGGUGGUGGGAAGAGUGUUAUAUACACUCAGUGGAAGAGCUUUAUUGAUUGCUGACUUCAUUCCCAGGAUCAUCAUGGCUUUUGACAACUCUGGCAUCACAUACCGUCAGCUGCAUGGGGACCAGUCCACCUUUGAGCGUACUUCUCAACUCAAUUCUUUCACCAAGGACCCAAAUGUUGAAGCAUUUGUAGUAUCAAUAGAGGCUGGUGGGGUAGGUUUGAACAUGACAUGUGCGGACGAGGUCUAUUUGAUGGAUGCACAUUGGAACCCUCAGGUAGUGCAACAAGCCGUGGACCGCCUUCACCGAAUUGGUCAGGCCAAGCCUGUCAGAGUAUUUCAUGUAGUUACUGGACAGUCAAUUGAGCAGCAUCUUUACAAUGUUCAGAAGAGAAAAGCUGCCCUGGCAAAAAGAGUGAUUACAUUAACUGUCCCUACAGAGGAAUUGGAGAAGGCUGAAGCACUGCGUGUGGAGGAGUUUCCAACAGGGGAUGUAUCAGAUUUGGGAGAUCCCAAUCAAUGCUACCGCAAUUAA